AUGGUGUCAGUAAGGUCAGAUAACGACGAGACGCUCACUAUACGUGCAGCAAGAACCCAAGAACCUAAUUAUGGUGCCACAGAACCCCUCAGCAAUGAUGUGGAAGAGGUGAGGCUCGCCAAGAAGUCUGAGCCCAAUCCACUGGAUAUGGGGCAAAUCAUUCUUCUUAGUACAGCGAGGAUUUCUGAACCUCUUACUUUCGGUAUCCUUUUCCCAUUCGUUCAACAAAUGAUAGUAGAGACUGGAGAAGUGUCAGUCGAGAACGUAGGAUACAGUGUCGGAUUUAUCGAAGUUGCUUUCUCAAUCACACAGUGUUUAUCUCUGCUAUAUUGGGCAAGAGCAGCAGACAAAUUUGGACGAAAACCCGUUCUCAUCGCAUCUCUGUUCGGCGCAUUAUCAUCAACAGCAUUAUUCGGCUUCUGCAAACAUGUCUGGCAGAUGUACGCCUGCAGGUUCCUGGCAGGUGUUUUUGGAGGAAAUGCAAUGGUCAUCAGAACUUUAUUCACGGAAAACUGUGAUUCCACGAAUCAAGCUACAGCUUUCGCAUACUUUGCUUUUGCUGCUAACAUGGGAGCGGUGCUUGGUCCAACUCUUGGUGGAUAUUUCGCGGAACCAGCAAAGCAAUGGCCCAGAGUAUUCGGGCACAUACAGCUGUUUGUUCGGUUCCCAUACGCUUUACCCUGUAUUGUCUGUGCCAUAUAUAUAUUGGUCUCUAUGGUACUCUGCUCAAUAUACUUGAAAGAGACCCGUCCACAAGAAUGUGAUAACCCACCGUCAAUCAAAUCUGUCCUCACGCGAAAGAUGGUUGGCAUGUUGGGAAUCUACGGUUGGGCCGUCACCGUGGUAUUCUGUAUCUACGCUUUAUUUCCAUUGUACCUAUUUACGCCAGUCGCAAUCGGUGGUCAAAGCAAGAAUCCACCUCAAAUCGCUUCGUAUGGUGCUGCGAAUGGUCUAUGCCAAGGUCUAUGGUUGUUAAUCGGAUUACCAAGAUUCGACAGAUGGCUCGGAACGAAGAGAACCUUCGUCAUUGUAUCUUCGAUGUUCCCGAUCUUCAUACUGUUACCCGCCUUGGCAAAUGCCUUUGCUAGAUCUGAUCAUUGGUUAUUGUCUCAAUUGAGUUUGGGAGCUUUCGUAACUAUAGGAUCGUCCGGAAAUAUGACUUUCACAUCUGUCCAACUCCUGCUCAACUCUUGCGCACCUCCAGCUGCUAUCGCUACGGUCAACGGUAUCGCGGUAGCCAUCUGCGGUAUUGUCAAGAGUAUCUUCCCAGCUGUCAUCAACAGUAUCUUCGCCAUAUCAGUAUCGAACCAGAUACUCAAGGGAUAUCUCGCCUGGAUAGUACUCGCCGCUAUGGCAGCUGGAACUUUCGUAUGUGCGUUGUACGCACCGGAGGCUUCGGACGAUUCCAAGGAUUUGGAUAAGAACAAGAGAAGAGUAUUGGAAGCAGAAGGAGAAGAAGUUAUGGAAAGCGGUCAAUUCUAG